GUCAUAAAAGAUAUAUAUAUUUUUUACUGUUGCUGUCUAAUAUAAUCUAUGGUCUAUAACAGGUCAAUGCUAAAUAUAGAUCAGCCGCCGCGCGUGGAAGUGAAACAUGAGACAAGGAAAGAAUUUCCUAAGAGUAUACCCCCUCACAUUGGAAUUGGCACUCCUGAAGAUACGUUGCAAUCCUGCUUUGGCUUGCUACCUAAACCACCCUAUAAGGACGUGAUCAAAUACAACCUGAAUGCUAACAAGUUCCUCCGGUAUCUCUGUGAAUUGGACUGGAUACAUCCAGAAGACAACGGUCGCAAGUUCGUGCUAUCGUACAGUCUCGCCGAUGGCACGAUCAAGAUCGGCGAAAUCCCCAGGCGCAACUCUGGCAUCCGCGAGGGCAAGUUUCUCAAGCCAAUGAAGCUGCAAACUCCGGAUUCAGAUCCUAACUUCCCAACUUACUUCACGCCUGACAAAUUCUACAUUGGGGCAAUUGUUCCUGUAUUCAAGCACCGGUUUAAGAUCAUAGGAUGUGACUUGUUUGUUUACCGGUACAUGAGCGCCAAUCCUGAAAAGUUCCCGCAAGAGGUGAUCGACAAUACGCGAAACUACCACAUGCGCGAGGGAAAUCUCAAGGACGAACUGCUCGAAGCUAUCCGUGAAGAACAAGCGGCAGAGACACGUGCUCAACUCGCUAAGAUUGGUCAAGCGGCAGUCGCGGAACCUAACGCAAUGGAACGAUGUCUGGCAGCUCUGGAUGUGGUCGAAGGCAGUGCCACUCCACCCAGACCUCCUACUCCUCCUAUGACCACGGACAGGAUAUCUUACGAUGAUUCUUUGCGUAUUACCAAACUUAGUAAACCGACAUGCGAUAACGUGACGCCACUAAAAGGCAUAUUAAAGUCGGGCGCGCCGAAAGACGACCACCAGAAGGUGGUGUGCUUCAGUGGACCGGCGCCGGAUGAGCAUCGCGAGAAACCCGCACCGGCCACGUAUCCGCCCGGCCAACAGCCGCAUUACAACGAGGUCGAUGAUUUCUGCGACCGAUUCAAGGAAGCGGAUGCAGAAGAGCGAGCGAUCCGGCGUGCACAAGAUAUAUGUCCUUACGAGAUAGUGCCGAGCGCAAAGCAAACGGUUGGCGUCAGUGAGCAACCAGAAGAAAAGUCAAAAUUGCCCGGCUACCUAGGUACCUACGGUGUGGACUGCAAACAGAUACCGGAAUAUAUGAAGUUACCGCAAGACGCUUAUGAACGCGCGAAGAAACUUCGUCGCGACGUUCCUGAGAUAUCACCGGCUGCGGUCAGAAUUGCGGACCAUCCUCGUGUACCGCCCCCCUCGGUGGAAACAUGCGUUCAUCCCCCGCCAGAGGCCACUGGCCCUUGCGCCCAAACUAAGGAAGAAGAUGUGGCCUUCACAUGCCCACACGUUGAGCCAAAGUUGCCAUGCUGUAACCCUGACAAGACAGAGUAA